ACAGGAGGGGAAAGCAGACAGAUGCUUCUGAGUGCCCCAUGGCUGCAGCUGCCUCAGUUCAUUCAUCUAUUGCCUAUUGUAACUUGGAAGCAUUCUUCAGGUCAGUUCAUCUUCUGGGACCCGUCCCUGCCUUCUGGUUAAGGAAUCCAUGCACACAUACAGGAUGACUCAACAGUGGGAUGGAUGUUCAGAUACCAGAAAGGUCCUGGUAACUUGGCAGGAACUUCCACAUUCUUUGGAGAGAUCUGCUGUAUGGGAGACCUUUCAGGAAGCUGUGCAGUUUGAAUACAUUGGAUAGUUCCAGUACUUGAAACCUUCAUGAUGAAGAGAGCUAGGCAGAAAGUUGUGGUUGAAAAUGAACCUCCUCAAACAUCACAGAAAAGCAAAAAGCAGAAAACUUGCUUAUAUGGCUCGGUGUUUGGUGAAUCUGACUUGCAACCCUCAGUGGACUGGGAAAGCCUCCCGCACCAUGUUAUUCUGCGUAUUUUUCAGUUUCUACCUUUAGUAGAUCGAGCCAGGGCAUCUUCUGUUUGUCGAAGGUGGAAUGAAAUUUUUCACAUCCCAGAUCUCUGGAGGAGAUUUGAAUUUGAACUUAGCCAGCCAGCUACUUCUUACUUAAAGUCUACACAUCCUGAUCUCAUUCAGCAGAUUAUCAAGAGGCAUGCUGAUCAUCUGCAGUACGUCAGCUUCAAGGUUGAUAGUAGUACUGAGUCAGCAGAAGCAGCCUGUAAUAUCCUUUCUCAGCUGGUGAACUGUUCCAUCAAGACACUAGGUUUGAUUUCUACAGCAAAACCAAGCUUCAUGAAUGUCUCUAAGGCCCACUUUGCUUCAGCACUGACAGUCGUUUUUGUAAACUCCAAAUCGUUAUCAUCAAUCAAGAUAGAUGACACACCACUUGAUGAUCCUUCCUUGAAAGUUCUUGUUGCUAACAAUAGUGAUACUCUAAAACUGCUAAAAAUGAGCAGCUGUCCUCAUGUAUCACCUGCUGGAGUUCUUUGUGUUGCUGACCAGUGUCAUGGACUUAAGGAGCUGGCUUUGAACUACUACAUAUUAAGUGAUGAACUACUGCUGGCUCUUUCAAGUGAAAAACAUGUUGAUCUUGAACACCUGCGCAUAGAUGUUGUGAGUGAAAAUCCUGGACAAGUUGAAUUUCACACUAUUAAAAAACAAAGCUGGGAUGCUCUUGUUAAACACUCCCCUAAAGUCAACAUUGUGAUGUAUUUUUUCUUAUAUGAAGAAGAAUUUGAUGCUUUCUUCAGAGAGGAAACCCCUGUUACACACCUUUACUUUGGUCGUGCAGUAAGCAAAGCAAUGCUAGGACGUAUUGGCAUGAAUUGCCCAAGGUUAAUUGAGUUGGUUGUGUGUGCUAAUGGACUUCAGCCUUUGGAUGACGAACUCAUUCGGAUCGCAGAGCGCUGUAAGAACUUAACAGCAAUGGGACUUGGUGAAUGUGAAGUAACUUGCAGAGGUUUUAUUGAAUUUGUAAAGAUGUGUGGGGGCAGGCUUACCCAGCUUUCUAUAAUGGAGGAGGUACUGAUUCCAGAUAAUGAUUACAGCUUAGAUAGACUUCAUUUGGAAGUCUCCAAACACCUUGGAAGAAUGUGGUUUCCUGAUAUGAUGCCAACAUGGUAAAUUCUCCACAUUUGUGGAGAGAAUGGUGGGAUCAGGGUGUUGUUUUCUAUGCAAAUAAAGAAUUUAAAAAUGAAAUGUGAAAACUUAUUUCCAGAUUUGAGUUUUUCUACCUUGAGAACCUCUAGCAGUGUAACAGCAAAACAUUCUAGAAUGCUAACAGUAUACCAAAAUAGAAAAUAGAUUAAGUGUACUUAACACUUCUGAAAGUAUGUCUGUGGUUUACAGGUGCUUCAAACUUCAGUGAACUUGGACUUUUCUGAGCUUCAGUUUAAAUGUUCCAUUCACAUUAAAGUUAGUUGGGGUUUUUGUGUCUUUUCAUGUUUAGUCUUUCCGAUGUAGUCAGAGGACUAGAGAAACCUUUUUCCUUUAGCAAAUCUAUCUUUAUGGGAAGCUGGAUACAACUUGGGAGUUCAGUAUUAUUUGUCAUGAUGUUUUGCAGCCAUCCUUCAAAAUAUUCAUGUUAUAAAUGUAAAAGCUUGUACAUGAAAAUACUUACACUAGCCCAGGUUACUCAUAUAAUCUAGCUUAAACUCAUGCUAGUAUAUUAAAAUGUUGUGGUAAAUAAGCUUGUGCUUACAAAUAAACUUUACAGUUUUAAAUUGCACUUUAAAUUUUGUCAGAUUAGCUAAACUGUAGAGACUACAUUGUACAGCAUGUUGGGUUUGUGUCUUAUGCAUUAAAUAGAUGGGAAAGGACCUUGUUAAAAUUAAUAAACUUAAAAGUUUGGGUCUAGAUUGGUUGCUUGGGUGAAUGACAAAGCACUU